AUGAUGCUCCCAGAGCGCCAUUCCUUCUACGCCGGAAAGCCUCAACCGUCCUCCUCUUCAUCCAACACAUUCCCUUCGGUCGAUCCGUCAACGGGCAAAACUGUCUGUACAGUCCACACCUCCUCCCGGUCCGCCAUCGACUCGGCCGUCUCGUCGGCGAAGGCAGCCUUCCCCUCGUGGUCCAGCACACCGCCCAUUGAGCGAGCCAGGAUACUGCACAAAGCCGUCUCGAUACUUCGAUCGCAGAACGAUGAGCUCGCCCGAAUCGAAACCACAGACACCGGCAAGCCCUUCUCAGAAACCUCCACCGUCGACAUCGUGACCGGCGCCGAUGUCCUCGAGUAUUUCGCCAACCUGGUCGCAUCGGGCGGCUUGAAUGGGGAAUCAUUUCGACUCCGCGAUUCGGCUUGGGUAUACACCUUCAAGGAACCGCUCGGCGUCUGUGUGGGCAUCGGUGCCUGGAACUACCCCAUUCAGAUCGCGCUCUGGAAAUCUGCGCCCUGUCUCGCCGCGGGAAACACGAUGGUAUACAAGCCCUCAGAGGUGACGCCGCUUCAUGGGCAACUCCUCGCCGAGAUCUACAAAGAAGCUGGCCUCCCCGACGGAGCAUUCAACGUCGUCUACGGGGCCGGCGAGGUGGGUGCUUACCUGACGCAACACCCAGUUGUCGCCAAGGUCAGUUUUACUGGCCAAGUCUCAACAGGUCGCAAGGUUGCAGGCUCAGCCGCGGGAGAGAUGAAGUACGUGACUAUGGAGCUGGGAGGCAAGAGCCCCGUGGUCGUGCUACCGGACGCAGACACUGACCAGGCGGUGGAUGGAGCCAUCAUGGCCAACUUCUUCAGCACCGGCCAGGUCUGCACGAACGGGACGCGAGUGUUCGUGCCCAAGCACCUGAAGCCCGAGUUUGAGAGGGUGUUGCUGCAGAAGAUGAAAUACAUCCGCCCUGGCGAGCUGAUGGACACGAACACCAACUUCGGCCCGCUGGUCAGCAAGGCCCACUACGACAAGGUGACGGCGUACAUCAAGCACGGCAUCGAGGUCGACAAGGCGAGGCUGCUCCAAGGCGGCCUCAACCAACCCGCUGACCUGCCCGCGCAUCUGAGGAGCGGAUACUGGGUUCAACCGACCGUCUUCUCCGACUGCACCGAUGACAUGAGGAUCGUACGGGAGGAGAUCUUCGGCCCCGUCAUGGCCAUCCUGACCUACGACUCUGUCGACGAGGCCGUCGCGCGCGCAAAUGACACGGACCUGGGCCUCGCCGCCGGCGUCUUCGGCAGGGACAUCAACCAGUGUCACCACGUCAUCAGGCAGCUGCAAGCCGGCAUCACCUGGAUCAAUACCUGGGGCGAGUCCCCGGCCGAGAUGGCCGUCGGUGGGUGGAAGCAGAGCGGUGUCGGCGUCGAGAAUGGACGGAGAGGCCUGGAGGCCUGGGUGCGGAAUAAGAGUACGCUGGUGGAAAUGGGAGGGAAUGUCCCGACUGUGUUUGCGAAAUUAUAA